AUGUGGGUGUGCUACAGUUGGUCUACUGGUGUCUUCAACACAAUGGAAAAGGCUGGGGCUCACUUGAAAGGUGGAGCAAAGUGGGUCAUUAUCUCUGCCCCUUCUGCUGAUACAAUCCAUGCCAUUACUGCUACCCAGAAGAUAGUAGGUGGCCCCUCUGGCAAGUUGUGGCAUGACAGGUGUGGUGCUGCCCAAAACAUCAUCACUGCUUCCACUGAUGCUGUUAAGGUUAUAGGCAAGGUCAUACCCGAGCUGAAUGGGAAGCUCACAGGCCUGGCCUUCCAUGUUCCUACUCUCAUUGCCUCUGUUGUGGAUCUGAUCUGCCACCUGGAGAAACCUGCCGACUAUGAUGAUAUCAAGAAAGUGGUGAAGCAAGCAUCAGAGGGACCCUUGAAAGGCAUUUUGGGUUACACAGAGGACCAGGUUGUAUCCUGUGACUUUAACAGUGACACCUGCUCUUCUUCCUUUGAUGCUGGCACUGGUUUUGCCCUUAACGACCAUGUUGUCAAGCUCAUUUUCUUGUAUGACAACAAGUAG